UCCUGGGUUUCUUUUCUUUCUCAACCCUUUUCUUUUACUCAAUAUUUCUUGUGCGUAGAGAUAACGAGUGUUAGCUUUGUUUCCCCCUCUCUCUUUCUCUUUUAUUUUUGUGGGUUUUAAUCUUUUUUGUUUUUUUGCAGAUAAAGUUUGUUUCUUUCAAGUUUCGGCUGAUUCUUUCUCACGAAAGAAAUGAAGAGUUGGCAUCUGUACCUUCUAACAAGCAAGCAUGGGAAUUAAGUACGGAAUCGUCUGGAACUCCCUAGUAUUAUUCUGUAAAUCUUUCUGGACGUACGUUGGAGAUGUAAGAGUAAUGGUUGCCACUUAUGCUGAUGUUAAGGAGUAUCCGAAUCGUUACGUGUUCGUGAUCGACAUGCCUGGCGUGAAAGCUGGGGACAUUGAGGUGCAGGUAAAGGAGGACAAUGUGUUAAUCAUUAGCGGCUAUAAGAAGAGGGAGGAGGAGAGAGAAGGGGUUGAGUAUUUGAUUACGGAGAGAAGAGUCGGAAAGUUCAUGCGCAGAUUUACGCUUCCAGACGAUGCCAACUCUGAUGCCAUAUCUGUCAUGGACCAGAAUGGUGUGCUGACCGUCACCAUCAAGAAGUUGCCUCCUCUUGACGUCAAGUUUGAUUAA